AUGGAGCGGCUGCGGGACGUGCGGGCGCAGCUGAAGGCGUGGGAACGCGCGUUCCGGCGGCAGCACGGGCGGCGGCCGGUGCAGGUGCCCGAGCCCAGCUGCUGGGGAUCCCACCUGAAUCGAGCUGUAACCCAGAGUCUCCCUCCUGCUGCAGGGCCGAGCUCUCGCGGGUCCGUGCCGGACUACGGGGAGAGGCUCAAGGCAAACCUGAAGGAUGCUCUGCAGGCUGGGCCAGCUCCACGCCGAAUACCCCGGCCUCCGCAAAGACCCCCACCCAAGGUGCCUUCCCCGGGGCUGCCAGCGGCAGGGGCUUCCCCCGUGUCUCCUGAAGAAGUCAGUGAGGUGCUGCCCCAGCUCCCCAGGCCCCAGCUAAGGCCAGGCCGGCUCCAGCAGCUGCAGGAGUCCCUGAGCCUGCGGCUAAGCUCCCUAGAUCCUGGCUGGCUACAGAGGUGUCACCAUGAGACCCAAGGUUUUCUGGGGACUCCUGAGGCCUGCCAUCCUGUCCUGGGUACAGAGGAGCCACAGCCCCUGACUUCAGGUGUUGCCCCUGAUCCUGGCCCCAGCGGGGGCCCUGAGGCACCUUUUCUGGGCUCAGAGGCUCCAGCUGUGAAGGUACCCGGGGUCAGUGCAGGGAGCCCCCUUCUGGGCAGCAGUCAAGGCAAGAAGCGGAGACAGAGUGGGGAGCCAGAGGGGACCACUGCACAGACGCAGCAGCACAGCAGCCAAGAAGGCACCCCGCCGGAGGGAGCGCGGGCUGUGCUGCAUGCAGAAGACUGUCCAGGGGAGCCCCCCACCGGCCCCUCCGCCUUGGGCCAAGGUGGGGAUGCUAUGGGCAAGACACACCUGUACGUCCGUCCUAGGCCAGCUGUCCGGGACAGGGGCAAUUACGUUCGGCUCAACCUGAAGCAGAAGCGCUACGUCCGGGGCCCAGCCCUGCGUGGCAGACUCCUCCGAAAGCAGGUGUGGAAACAGAAAUGGAAGAAGAAGGCGGGAUGUUUCGGGGGUGGGCAGCCCAGCGCCCCAGUCAAGGAUUCUUGCUUCCGGUGUGGGCAGCUCGGCCACUGGGCAUCCCAGUGCCCCAAACCAGGCCCAAAACCUACCCGGGUCCCCGAGAAGGAGGGUGGCGAGGAUGAAGAGGACAUGCAGGUAUUGCCCACGUUGGAGGCAGUGGCUCAGAGGACACACACUGCCUGCGGCCAGCUCCUUGGCGAGGAAGAUACGGAUCCUGCUGGGUCUGAGUUGCUAGUGCCCAUGGAGGCACCUGUGCCUGGGGCACCCUGCUCAUCCCCAGCUGUGCCGCCACUCUACCUGCCAGGUCCCUUGGGGCAGGUGGCAGCGACACCAGUUGAGGUGCUGCAGGCCCUGGAGCAGCUGGGGCACCGAGCCUUCCGCCCUGGGCAGGAGCACGCGGUCAUGCGGAUCCUGUCCGGCAUGUCCACACUGCUGGUGCUGCCCACCGGCGCCGGCAAGUCCCUGUGCUACCAACUCCCUGCGCUGCUCUACGCCCAGCGAAGCCCCUGUCUCACGCUGGUCAUCUCUCCUCUCCUGUCCCUCAUGGACGACCAGGUGUCUGGCCUGCCCCGAGGCCUGAAGGCGGCUUGCGUACACUCGGGCAUGACAAGGAAGCAGCGGGACUCAGCCCUGCAGAGGGCUCGGGCAGGCCAGGUACACGUGCUGAUGCUGUCGCCCGAGGCGUUGGUUGGAGCUGGGACCGGGAACCCUGCCUGUCUCACUCAGCUGCCCCCAGUGGCCUUUGUCUGUAUAGACGAAGCCCACUGCCUCUCUCAGUGGUCCCACAACUUCAGACCCUGCUAUCUACGUGUCUGCAAGGUGCUGCGGGAAUGCCUGGGCGUGCGCUGCUUCCUGGGUCUCACAGCCACAGCCACACGCAGCACCACUCUCGAUGUGGCCAAGCAUCUGGGCAUAGCCAAGGAGGCUGUCCUCAGGGGACCGGUCACCGUCCCUGCCAACCUGCACCUCUCUGUGUCCAUGGACAGGGACCCCGACCAGGCUCUGGUGACACUGCUGCAGGGUGACCGCUUCCGCACCCUGGACGCCGUCAUCGUCUACUGCAACAGGCGCGAGGACACCGAGCGUGUCUCUGCUCUGCUGCGCACCCGUUUGCCGGAGGCCAGGGCUCCGGGGCCUGGAGGCCGGGCCCCGGAGGCUGUGGCUGAAGCCUACCACGCUGGCAUGUGCAGCCGGGAGCGGCGGCGGGUGCAGCGGGCCUUCAUGGAGGGCCGGUUGCGGGUGGUGGUGGCCACAGUGGCCUUUGGGAUGGGAUUGGACCGGCCAGAUGUGCGGGCUGUUCUGCACCUGGGGCUGCCCCCGAGUUUUGAGAGCUACAUUCAGGCCGUGGGCCGGGCUGGGCGUGAUGGGCAGCCCGCACACUGCCACCUCUUCCUGCAGCCCCAGGGCGAGGACCUUCGGGAGCUGCGCAGACACGUGCAUGCCAACGCCAUCGACUUCCUUGCUGUGAAGAAGCUGGUGCAGCGUGCGUUCCCGCCCUGCACCUGCACCCAACGGCUGUCAGAGCAGGAGGGAGGCGAGAGACAGGAGGGGCGCUCCUCCAAGCAACCCAGCUGUGAGCAAACAGCCCGGUGCCCAGGCCACAAGCGGGCACUCCCAGUGCAGCCGACAGUGCAGGCUCUGGACACGCCUGAGGAGGUCAUUGAGACUCUUCUGUGCUACUUGGAGCUGCACCCACAGCGCUGGCUGGAGCUGCUGGCACCCACCUACACUCACUGCUGCGUGCGAUGCCCUGGGGGCCCCACCCAGCUCCAGGCCCUGGCCCGCAGGUGUGUCCCCCUGGCUGCAUGCUUGGCCCAGCAGCUGCCUGAGAACACAGGUGGGGGAAGCGGCACUGUGGAGUUUGACGUGGUUGAGCUGGUGGACUCCAUGGGCUGGGAGCUGGCCCCCGUGCGGAAGGCCCUCCACCAACUGCAGUGGGACCCGGAGCCCAGGAAAGGUGUGCCUCGGGGCACAGGGGUGCUGGUGGAGUUCAGCGAGCUGGCCUUCUACCUGCACAGCCCUGGGGACCUGACCGCCCAGGAAAAGGACCAGAUCUGUGGCUUCCUUCAUGGCCGAGUGCAGGCCAGAGAGCGGGAGGCCCUGGCCCACCUGCGCCUUAUGUCCCAGGCCUUUCACAGUGUAGCCUUCCCCAGCUGCGGACCCUGCUUGGAGCAGCCCGACGAUGACCGCAGCACCAGGCUCAAGGCCCUGCUCAGCCACUACUUGGAGGAAGAGGGGCCAGGGGCUGAGGAGGAAGCACAGGGCCCAGAGCCAGGACAGGCCAAGCUCCAGGACUGGGAGGACCAGGUCCGCAGGGAUGUCCGCCACUUCCUGUCCUGCUGGCCAGAGCAGCAGUUCUCGGGCAGGGCUGUGGCCCGCAUCUUCCAUGGCAUCGGAAGCCCCUGCUUUCCAGCCCAGGUGUAUGGACGGGACCGACGCUUCUGGAGGAAGUACCUGUACCUGAGCUUCCACGCCCUGAUCAAGCUGGCCACCGAGGAGAUCCUGUUGUGGGGCCGCUGAUGACCCCUGGCCGCAGGCAGGCCUGUCCCCCAUGUCAGACACGGUGUGAACAGGCGCAUGGAGAGUGGCAGGUGCAAGACCCAAGACGAGGGGAUGUCAGUGGCUGAGACAGUGACUGACCACCUUGGACAAAGCCUGCUGCCCGGAAUGUGGGCACAAGGAGGCCCCAAAAUACAAAAAGAUGUGGGAGGCCGAGACCGGUUUGGCUCAGUGGAUAGAGCGUCGGCCUGCGGACUCAAGGGUCCCAGGUUUGAUUCCGGUCAGGGGCAUGUGCCUUGGUUGCGGGCGCAUCCCCGGUGGGGGGUGUGCAGGGGGCGGCUGGUCGAUGUUUCUGGCUCUCUGUCCCUCUCUCUUCCUCU